UCCGUAAGGUAUGUCAGUCCGUUACAGAUCAACAUAUAUAUAUCCAUCUAUCUAUCUAUAUAUCUGUGGAAAAUACAAGCAUUGGUUUUUAUUAGAUGUACAUAUAGAGUCAACUUUACAGCGCCUAUUUACCAUAUCUAUAUCUAUAUAUCUACAUCUAUAUUUAGGCAUAAUGUUUAUGAACAAAACAGUAAACCCAGUAUUAUUAGGCUACAUAUAUCCCUAUAUCUAUAUAGAAUGUUCUACUUCAAAAUGGAUAGAUAUAACACAUUAUAACUGAUAAACUAUCGACAAUAUCCUCCUCCUCAUCAUCAUCAUCAUCAGUAUUAUUCUUGUUUCUACAUAGAUGUAAAUAGAUCUUUUCUUUUUUUCUUUCUUUUUGAGGGGGGCGGGGUUGGUGAAUGUAACUUUUUUUCUUUUCUUAAAUGAUUCCAUCAUCGAAUUGAAAAAAACAAACAAAAUGAGUAUGAUCCAACAUUUUCAUAAAAGAUCCAAUUUGAUUAGGAUCAUUCUAUCUAUUAUAAUGAUUUGGUGUAUGAUUAUGCUAAUGGAUUUAUCCAAUGGACAUUUACUGAUAAAAGAAGAAAAAAUUUUACGGAAAUUAGUCAAUUUGAUUCAUGCCACAACAACAAAUGAUUUCAAUCUAUGUACGAUUCAUUCACGUCAAUUACAAUAUUUAUUAUAUACUACUUAUAAUACUACUACUACUACUCAUGAUAAUGAUAUUCCAUCAGCAGCAGGAGCAGGAACAGGAGCGUCGUCAGCAUCAUCAGCAGAAGGAUCAGGAUCAUCAACAAUGAUUAAUUUAAAUGAAACAUUCUAUCCAAUAUUUCAUCAUUUAAUCACACAAAACUCUUUAACACAAAAUUUCUUACAUGAUAUAUAUAGAUCUAUACAGAUUAUGAGAAAUUUCAAUCGUUGGCAUAGCAACAACCACUACCACGACAACCACAACCCUAACAAUCAUGAUACCAGGAAACAAUUAGAAGUCUAUUUAUUUCAUUUAUUACAAUUAAAUCAACCAAUUGAAUUUUAUAAUAUGAAAUUAUUCAGUAAUUUCAUCACUAUGAAUGAUGGUUAUGAUCAAAAAUCCAAUUUAAUUGGUAUUGGUUAUUGUUUCAAUGGGAUAUUAAUGGCUUAUGUCAAUAAUCAUACUACUAAUAAUAAUAGUAGUAGUAUUAGUAGUAGUACUAGUGAUUCCUCUGAUCGUAAUUCUAUAUGUAGUCAAUUUCUAUUGAAUGUACAAUUAUUUGAUAAUAAUAAUAAUAAUAAUAAUGAGACUAUACGGUUUAAUGAUUAUGAAUAUGGAGAAUUUUCAUCCUUUUGGGCACCAGUUCAAUGUGAAUCUAAUUCAAUCAUACCAAUAGUUUUACGAUAUUUUAUUUAUACAAAAGGAAAAAGUCUAUUUUUCGAAUUUGAUUUGAAGGAUUAUACUAUUGAUCAAUGUGCUUUGAAUAUAAAUCGAUGUGGAGCAACAACUCGAUGUGUAUACAAAAAAUAUCAUCCAUAUGCAUUCAGUAUGGACAAUUAUAUGUGUGAAUGUUCUCCAGGUUAUUAUACUGACAAUAUAGAAAAUAUAUACAAACCAAUGGAAGAACGAUAAUGAAGAUUUGUGUAUCGCAUAUAAUUCAUAAUAUGAUCAAAAGUAUCUGAAAAUAUACAAGAUCAACUUGUACGCUUGUGGUGUGGGUUACCUAUAUCCACACAUGUAGUAUAUAACGGUGGUCAGGCAUAGAAUGUAUUUCAGUAGAACGUCGAUGAGGAACGAACGGGAACGGAACGCAAUCGGUAUGAAAACGUAUGACCAAUGAAAUCUGAGAUAAUGAGUUGAUGUUCUCAACAGGAACAGUCAAGUUUGUGAUGAUGGAUUGAUAUUUUGCAAAUUAACAAGUUACUAUAUGGUUUCCAGAUUUUAUUGAGAUGCUAUGUAAUUUCGUGUCAAAUACAUUCGAUUGUUUCCAGUUGUGUUCUUGUUCACUACACAUUGACCAUUAAUAUAGUCAGCCAAUAAUUUGCAAAGAUACAGAGUCGAAAGAUUACCAUCGGAAUUAUCAGUUAGUAUUUUCUGAGACCAGAUGGAGCUCAAAUGCUUCUUGAUGUUAUUUUAUAUAUUAAAAGCGAUAACUCAGGGAAUUUAUGAACCAGAUCAGAGUUCAUUCAGAAAUUUAUCAUGGAAACGAAGAAGGUCAAUGAUAUUUCAAGUUAAGAUCAUUUGCGUUCAGGAGAUUCCAACUCAUUAAUGAACUGGAUUUUGUCAUAAAUACUGUUGACACGUUGAUGGAAGGGAACAUACACUAAAAGUUUGGUCAACAUACUGAGAUGAUACUUUUGUCAUUAUAAAACGAGAUGGUUUAGACGAACUAUUUAAACGUGUCAACAUUUAUAACAAAAUCAAGUUCAUCAAUGAGUUGGAAUCUCCUGAAUGUAAAUGACCUUCUCUAGAUUGUUUAGUUAAAAGGAAAUAUAAUGAUUGUAGAAAAUUUAGUAUUUUCCGAAUGCCGACAUAUUCAGGGAGAUUUCUAGAUUUGAAGUCGGCACAUCUACACCCUACCAAAAAUUUGAUCAUCAGAGUUCAAAAGGUUGUCAUUG